CAUCUGACACCACGUAUUGCCCAUGUAAUAGUGACGCACUAGCCUUUGCACUGUGGGUAUCGCAUUAUUUUUACAGUGCAGUCUACCCCAGGACACAGUGAUUGGCGGGUAGCUCAGGACAUCUGUUAAGAGCACACGGGAAUAUAAGUGCUAUAAGUGGAGGUAGAAAAUCCUAUGGUAAAAAAAAACGCGAUAAAAUAAGACAUUUCAUAUAAAUACGACGCGUAGGCAAUAGGCAACUCUAAGACUGCACCACACGACAGACCUGAUCGACAUGGUGGACGCCAAAGCCUUCGAAUACUUCCUCUUGAAGCCGGAGAACCUGGACGAAGUGGCCAAGCUGAUCGAGGAGGACUACUUCCCCAGAGAGCCUCUUUGCAGGGGCUUCCACGUGACCGCCUCAGCCAGCAGCGGGAUGACGAGCAGGAAACUCCGGGAGUGCCUCGCCUCUGGAGUGUCCUUCGGUGCCAGGGACGUCAGCACGGGCGCCUUGGCCGGUGUCCGCCUGAGCUACACGAAGGCGAAGGCGGAAGCUGGCUCUGCGAAGCCCUUGGGCGAGAGGAAGACCGAGUAUGAGAUCAAAGUGUGUGGGUUAUGCGACGAAAUAAGGUCCAAAGUGAAUAUAUUUGAAGAAUCUGAUGCAGAAGCGAUACUCUACAUGUUCGUGCUGUGUGUUCGAGAAAAUUAUGGUGGUUGCGGUAUUGCAAAGAAAUUGGUUCAGAUGAGCAUCGAGCGGGGAAAGGCCUUGGGGUGCCAGCUUGUGCUUGCAACAGUCAGCAACAUGUUCUCAAGUCGGAUCUUCUCUGCGCUGGGUUUCAAGACCAGGUAUUCCGUGGACGUUUCCACGCUGGCGAGUGACUGGGGAUUGGAUCUCUCUGCCAUGGAAGGAAAUACUGCCAUCCACAUCAUCACAAAGUCCCUCCAAUGAGUCAUGUUUGAAAUGAAGAGCUGAAGUGUGAUCGUCUUCAGCAUCCUUCAGCGGCUGCCCUGGGAAAGAGGAGAAACCACAGAGAAGGGAAAGGGAUAAGACGCUAUGUAACCACAGGAGAGUGAGCAUUAUGCUUCCAUUAUGGAAGUGACUAAAUCAUGUCUAAAUGAUGAAAAUUAUCAACAUUUAUUAAACAUUGUUAAAAGCU